AACUGCUGGCAGGCAGAUAUGUUACCUGGAUUAUGUAUUUACCUCUCCUGGAUCAUUGGAAUCAACUCAGUUGGAUCUACCUCUUCAGAAAGUCAACUCUUAGACCCAGUUUGUCCUCUUGGGUACUUCCCAUGCGGCAACAUGACAAAGUGUCUCCCGCAGUACAUGCACUGUAAUGGUGUGGAUGAAUGUGGAAACCAAGCAGAUGAAGAUAAUUGUGGAGACAACAACGGUUGGUCCCAGCAGCUUGAUAAACUUUAUGAAAAGCAUUAUGAAAAAAUAGGAAUUAAUUUUUUGGACUUCGACACAAAAGCAGCAGAAUGUUUGCUUGGUUCGGUGCCAGCGCAGUGUUUGUGUCGAGGCUUAGAACUUGAUUGUGACGGAGCCAAAUUACGCGCUGUCCCUGCUGUCUCUUCCAAUGUGACCAUGAUGUCCUUGCAGAAUAACAUGCUGACGAAACUUGAUAGCUAUGGAUUUCAACUAUUUCCAGAUUUGCGCAAUCUGUAUCUGCAGCAUAAUAAAAUCAGGACUGUAUCCAUGUACGCUUUUAGAGGACUCCACAACUUGACAAAGCUGUAUUUAAGUCACAACAUGAUAACUACACUUAAACCUGGAGUGUUUGAAGACCUUCAUCGGCUGGAAUGGCUAAUAAUAGAAAAUAACAAAAUUACCAGGAUCUCUCCACAAACAUUCCAAGGCCUGAAUUCACUAAUUCUUCUUGUAAUGCUUGACAAUUUCCUUGGUCGUUUGCCUGAUAAACCUUUAUGUCAACACAUGCCUAAAUUAAACUGGCUAGAUUUUGAAGGCAACAAUAUCCACAGUUUAAGAAAUACGACUUUCAAUUCUUGUGCAACCUUAACUGUUCUAGUGCUAAGGAAAAAUAGAAUCAGAACAAUCAGCGACAACACAUUUUCAUCACUCACUAUGCUUGAUGAGCUUGACUUGGCUAAUAACAGAAUUGAAACCUUUCCUCCUUUGUUACUGAAAGAUAUUAAAGAUUUAUCACAACUGAACAUUUCGCAUAACCCCAUCCAGAAGAUACAAGCAGAUCAGUUUGACUAUGUUCUUAAACUCAAAUCUUUAAGCCUGGAGGGAAUUGAGAUUCCAAAUAUUCAAAGAAGAAUGUUUAUGCCACUAAGAAAUCUAACACAUAUUUAUUUUAAGAAAUUCCAGUACUGUGGAUUUGCUCCCCAUGUUCGGAACUGUAAGCCAAACACGGAUGGCAUUUCAUCUUUAGAGAACCUGCUAGCAAGUAUUGUUCAACGAGUGUUUGUGUGGGUUGUUUCUGUGAUAACCUGCUUUGGAAACAUUUUUGUCAUCUGUACACGGCCUUACAUCAGAUCGGAGAACAAACUCCAUGCCACGUCCAUCAUCUCACUGUGCUGUGCUGACUGUUUAAUGGGAGUUUACCUAUUUGUCAUUGGAUAUUAUGAUCUUAAAUAUCGUGGGGAAUACAACGAAAAUGCUCAAGCUUGGAUGGACAGCAUGCAAUGCCGUCUGGUGGGAUCCUUAGCUAUUUUGUCCACUGAAGUAUCUGUGUUGCUUCUUACGUAUUUAACUUUGGAAAAAUACAUCUGCAUAGUGUACCCUUUCCGAUGUCUGAAGCCCGGUAAAUUCCGAACAGUUACUAUGCUGGUACUCAUAUGGAUUAUUGGGUUUGUUAUUGCCUUCAUACCCUUAAGUAACCAAACUUUUUUUCACAACUAUUAUGGAACUAACGGUGUCUGCUUUCCACUUCAUUCUGAGAAACCAGAAAGUACGGCAGCCCAGAUAUACUCGGUCAUUAUAUUUCUAGGAGUGAACUUGGCAGCUUUUAUUAUCAUUGUAUUUUCAUACAGCAGUAUGUUUUAUAGUAUUCACCGAACUGCCAUAAUGGCAACGGAAAUACACAAUCAUAUCAAAAAAGAAAUGACGCUGGCAAAACGGUUCUUCUUCAUUGUCUUCACGGAUGCUCUAUGUUGGAUUCCGAUUUUCAUCUUGAAACUUCUAUCCUUGCUUCAAGUAGAAAUUCCAGGUUCGAUCAGUUCCUGGGUAGUGAUCUUCAUAUUGCCUAUUAACAGUGCUUUAAAUCCAAUCCUGUACACUAUAACAACACGACCUUUUAAAGAGAUGAUCAAUCAAAUCUGGAAUAACUAUAAACAGAGACAAUCUGGUGGAAAUAAAACCAGCCAGAAGGAUUACACCCCCUCAUUCUUCUGGGUAGAAAUGUGGCCACUGCAAGACAUUUCUCCUGACAUAAGGAAGCCUGGACAUUAUACAGACUCUGAAGUGUCAGUCUCAACACAUUCUACUAGACUUAGUUGUACAUAAGCACAAACAAGAACUCGUCUGACGGUUUCACACAUUAUAAAUGGUGGACAGUGAAGCAUCAUGGACUACUUGGUGUUCAGCCUGGACUAAACUUUAAUAUGUGGAGAAAGUUAAAGUUGGCAAAUUUCUAUACUUUUCUAAUUAAAACAAAUGGAAAAAAAAUAUUUUUCAGGAUUGCAAAUAUAUUAAGAUUUGGUUAUUUUAUAAUUUUGCCUGUAUAGACGCGCAUGAGUUAGGCCUAAUAGGUUUUGAGGAGUUUUGAAUUUUUUCUUUCAUACAAAAAAUACUCCUAUUGACUUUAGAGUGAUCUACUCAUGCCAGCCUGCGCACAGCCCGCUGCUCAACUCAAAAUGUUUACAUUUUUUUUAAGCUAAAAGGUAUGAUUUAGAUUCAAGGAAUUCAGUUCAAAAUAACAGAAUAAAGAUGACAAAAGUCCUCGACUUUCUAUAAUUACUUUUCUUUUUUUU